AUGAAUUUACCAUAAAAAAUAGAAGAUGCAUUAGCACGUGAAUUAAAUAAUAUAGAUAAUGAUUUUAUCGAAAAUUCUCUUAAUCUAUCGUUUUUAUAAGCAAGUAAAGCCUUACUUGAAUCUAACAUAGAUUGUACUUUUAGUGGUUCUACAUGUGUUUUGACAUUAAUUAUAGGCAACAAAAUAUGGACUGCAAAUGCAGGAGAUUCUAGGGCAGUUUUAUGCUAGCUUGAUAUAGAAAACAAUUGGAUAUCUAAAUAAUUGACACGUGAUCAUAAACCUAAUGAAUUAGAUGAAUUUGCUAGAAUUAUUCAAAGAGGGGGAAGGGUAGAAAGCUACAAAGAUGAAAACAAUAAUCAUUUGGGACCUUGUAGAGUCUGGUUAAAAAAUUAAAAUAUACCUGGAUUAGCUAUGUCUAGAUCUUUUGGAGAUGUUAUUGCCUCAUAAGUUGGAGUUAUAUGUGAGCCAGAAAUUUUUUAAUAUGAAAUUUAAAAUUCUGAUAAAUUUAUAAUUAUUGCAUCUGAUGGAGUUUGGGAAUUUAUAUAAAAUUAAAACGUUAUGGAAUUAAUAAUACCUUCAUAUUUAAAUAAUUAAAUUUAAAAAGCUUGUGAAAAUAUAAUUAAUGAAUCUGUUUUCCAAUGGAAACUA